AUGAACUCUGGAUUUACUUUUCCUCCACCGUUAUCAGAAGAAGAAUCAAAUGUAGAUACCACUAAUAAUUCCAUACCUCCUCCGAUCGCUGAAGAUCAACAUCCAAAUGGAUUUUCUUUCCCCAAUGUGAGGCAUGAUAUAGAAAGAGAAAAUAAUUCAAAUUUCGUAGAGAUAAAUAUUACACCACAUUUGGAAGGUGCUCAACAGUUUAAUACACCAGGUAAUCUUAGUACAACAACAAUGACUACGCCAAUUAUUGAUAUUCCUUCUCCCAUGGAAAUACCGAUCAGUUCAUUCCCACCCAAAAAAUCUAAACUUAUGGAAUCAUUUCAAGAAUAUAGCAUUCAAGAUGAAAAUAAUAACGAACAAAAAAUAAAUGAUAAUGUUCAAAGGAUUACUGAAUCAGGACAAGAUACAACUCCAACAGAGACCACAAAUAAAUCAUUAACAGAAGAAUAUGUGAUAAAUUUGAGACAACAAAUGGCUACAGAUUGGAAAAGUCCGUCAGAAUAUGCUCUUCAUAUUCUUUUUACAAAAUUUAUACGUCAUGCUGAAAAUAAACUAAACAUAUGUUUGGAGUAUCCACUAAAUACUGAACCCCCAAUCAUCGAAAUAUUAGGAGAAGGUCUAGAUCCUGUAUUUGAUAAAAUUAUUGAAUCUUUAGGACAUAUUGCUAGAAAUAACCCCAAACCUGUAAUAGAUGCAAUGAUGUAUUGGAGAAAGACAAAAUCAGAAGCAGCAAAUGCUGCUGCCGAAGAAGUUCAAAGAUUUAUUAAAGAAUGUGAAGAUGACAACUCAAAUCCAAGAACAGUAAUAUCUAGAUCAUCUUCAACUUCAUCAUCAAUCCUAUAUAAACCUAAAAAGAAUAGUUCAGACGGAUCUAAUAGCUUUCUACCGAAAAGAAACGUAUCAUCGAGGGCCCCUACUAGAACGAAAAAUUUGCUUGAGACUCAAAAAUUGGCAGAGAUACAGAACCAAGUAGAACAUUUGAAAAUUAUUGCACUCACAACUGACAGAAAGUCAUUAAUAAGUAUAUAUAUUCUUUGUCGUGUCUUAAUAGAGAUUAUACGACAAGCACCAGAAAAUGGCGAUGAAGAUCUAAGUGACAAAUUGGAAGAAAUUGUUUACGCUCAAUUGAAGACUACUGAUCCAAUAUCGUUGUCGUCAAGUAUAAUAAAGUCAUCUAAUUGGAAUUCCUUUGCCGAACUUUUAGGUUGUAUGUCAGAAAAGAAAUUCCUCUCAGUCAGUGACCGAUUCAUUGCUGAUUUAGAGAAAAUUCCAAAAAGAGUAAAAAUAGAAGAUGAACCAUCUGUUCAUCUACUGAUAUUAGGAAUGAGAUAUCUCGUUUUAAAGAAUUAUCCUCUUGAUAAAUUUGAAGAGAGUGCAGAUUUUGUAAAAAGUUUAGCUAAAUUUUUCUUAAAGACACAGAAUGAAACAGUAAAAUUAGCAUAUAGUGAGGUUACCAAUCAACUUCUACUACCAUUAGCAGGUUCACUUAGCGCUGAGGUAAAUCAUCCAACAUGGGUAGAGGCUAUGGAGACCCUUUUGAAAGCAGGAAAAAAUCUUUUACCAGAUACUCGUUACUGGGCCACUGGAUUUAAACUAACAGUCUCCAUAUUAUGUGCGGCUCCACCACAAGUGUUUUCAGAACACUGGGUCAGUAUUAUUGAGUCAAGUACAAGUAAAAUUAAAACCAAAAAACUUGAUGAUCGUAUAAUUUUUGCUGUCGGUGUGUCACGACUAGUUUGGGUAUAUCUGUACAGGUGUUCUGAUACAUUAAACAACACUACAAAGACCUUGACGAAGCUAUUAUUUUUAUAUUUGAACAACAAGAAGAAAGAAAAUUGGCUAACUACAGAUUUGGAUUUAAUCAAUCCUUUAUCUGAUGCCUUAAUAUCUAUUGGUUACUUAUACCCCAAUUUUUUGCUUGAAAAUACAAUCAUUCCCCUUGUGAAACAAUCUUUUAAUGGUGCGAAUCUUGAAAAUAUGGGCUAUGAUAAAUUAGUUCUGGCAAUCAAAACAUACAAAGGAUUUGUGCUUACAAAUGAAAAACCUGAGUUUCCGGAGAACGACAAUAGAGUUUAUCCAACUGAUUUAAAUAAUGUUCCAACCAAUCUUAAUGAAGCCUUAGCUGCUAAUCACGAAGAAAUGUGCAACACCAUUUAUAAACUGUUCUUACUUCUUGACUCUAGUAUUGGAUCAGAGGUGUGGUCUCCAGAGAAUUACCAUCAAAAACAAACAUCUACCCCAUUCGGAACUUUUUCCUUUGGAUUUUCGAAUGAUAGUGACAGUAAUGUACAAAAAAAUUCAUUAAAUCUGUUAUUAUUCUCUACAAUUAUAGAAGCAAUUCCUUGCUGUUUGGCCAUAUCCAAAAAUAUUCCUUACAAACCUAUAAUUGAAGUUUUAACAAGAAAUGCUGUUCAUGGAGACAGUUUUAUUUCUGAGAGUUGUCGAAAGGCACUCAAAGCUUUGGCGACAAAGAACAAUGCAUAUACUUUUAUUACAUGGUUUGCCAAAUAUUCUUUCGAUUUUGAUGAGAAAACUCAAUCCAGAUAUAACAUGUCAUAUUUAACAUCAACAGAAUAUAUUGCUCUGCUAAUGCUAUACGUCGAGUUGCUUGAAUGUUGGCUAAACGAAUUCCAAACUUCAAAGACUAAAGAAUCAAAAAAAGUUAUGGGAUUAGAUGGUAUUCAACUACUUCCCAACGAAGAUUCAAACAAUGAAACGACAGGGACCGAAAAAUUAGAAUGGAAGAAUAUUAUAACAGUUAUCGAAGAAGUUGAAGGAAAUGGUUUAUUCUUCCUUUGUUCACACGAUUUUGCUGUUCGCAAAUUGGGUAUACAAAUCUUAAGAAUUAUUUCUAAAUUUGACGAGGCAAUGGCAGAAAAAACCGAAAAACUCUCAGAAAAUGGUCAUUCGAGAUCAUCUUCUUUCCAUUUUUCUGCAGAUCGUGGUAACAGAUUAAUCGAUUUUAUACACGAGGCUAGUGUAUUCUCAUUCAUUAACCCCCAAAAAACCACAUUGAGUGUUGUCGAGAAACAACGACUAGCAAAAUUAAACAGCAGAUAUAAAAAAGGUCUAAUUGUUAGAUUAGCAGAAUCAUCAUAUGGUGUGGAUGCAGCCUUAUGGCAAAGGGCGUUCCCAAAGCUUCUGGCUUAUAUCUUUAAAACAUGUCCUAUAACAAUGGCACUUUGCCGUUCAAUUGUAUGCAUUAGAUUAGUACAAGUUCAUGAAGUUGUUCUUCGCAUUUCAAAUGAUACAAGUUUCAAACCCCAAAACAGUCUACCUGAAACAAUUAUCAAUCAGUGGAAACUGUAUUUAGUGGCUGCAUGCACAUCGCUAACAUCAACCAAUGAUCAAAUUUUACAUAUCCCUAGUAGUUCAAAGAAACACGGGAGAAAGAAGAGUCAACAAAUUUUUACAGUCCAACACCAAAAGAUAAAGUCUGCAAAAUCUAUUUUCAAAAUGGUACUUCCUUUGUUAAAUUCACAGAGUAUCUUGAUCAGAGAAGCAAUUAUAUCUGGAUUAAGUUCCAUGAAUAUCAAUAUAUACAAAACAUACAUCGAAAGUGUUGACAGUUUCCUUGUUGGGUGGAAAGAAACCAGUUCUAACCAAAUCAGAGUCGAAAUGUUUCAGAUUUUGGCAAUACUAUCUCGUUUUUUAAAGGAACCUUCCAUUUCAAAUGAUGGAUGGAUCCUUCGGAAACUUUCAGAAUUCAUUAAACAUGCAAAGUUAUUUCUUCAAAUAGAUUCCGUCCAAAAGUCCUACGAAUACCAACCCUUAAGGUGCUAUUUUUCGGAACUACUUCUUAGAUUUUAUUCAACGACAAAGGAUCACGAUGAUAUAAAUAAGUUAUUCCCAUUCCAAGCUCGUGCAUCAUGUUUUAAUUUCCUUAAGGAAUGGUGUGGUUACGGAGAUAGUGCUUAUCUGGCUAAUGAAAGGUAUUCUUACAUGAUCAAAAAAACAGAAAAUGAAAGGGAUAGAACAGCAAUAACUGCAGGAAUAGAAUUUCAAAGAAAUAGGCUUGAAAUCGUCGUCUUGGAAACAAUGGUAAUCCUAUGCUCAGAUUCAAUAACAGAAACUCUGUAUGACGUAGGUGAAAUACCAAUAACGAUAUCAUUCGAUCUCGAAUCGCUGUUAUACUGGAUUGAAGGAAUGUUCAAUUCUGAAAACGAAAUAGUACGAAUCCUUGGUGUCACAGCAUUGACCAACCUCCUUGAACGUAAUAAUAAAAAUUUGAAACUUUUCCAAGAUGUAUCAACACAAUGUAUUUCACACCAUAGCGACCCAUCCGUUGCCGUGUUAUACUAUACCACACUAUGUAAGGCUGUCCUGAAACUUGAUAAUUUGAUUUUAGAGGAACAUGAGCUGGUCUCACUUGGUUUAUACGGUUUGGUAUCCGAUAAGGAAGAAACAAGAAUUUGUGCAGUGGACCUUCUGUCUGUGGUGGAAACUAAAUUACAUGACUCAUCUUAUACAAAAGUAUUCAAGGAGAAAUUAGCUAAUUCAUCGAAGAUGGUGUACAAAUCAACCGCCCUAGAAAUAUCUAGUAUAUUUGCGGAAUUACUGUCUCAAGAAUUACGCCUAAAAGUUUUCUCAAGUUUGGUUGGUGUGCUGGAUUUAUUUCCAUUUGAAAUUCAACGUGCGCUCUUAGUUUUGAUGGUUCCAUGGGUAAACAAUUUUGUCCUGAAAUCGAUAGAUGAAUUAGAUACAUUCAUGGUAUUAAAUAAUCUAUUUUACGUUACAAUGACAUUAAAUGAUAGUUUACCAAACGAAGUUGAACAACUUUGGAUUUCCCUCGGGAAAGGGAAUUCCUUUCAAAACAUCUUAGUGUCACUUGAGUACCUACUUCAAUCCUCAACAGAUUACAAAAAUUCACUCUUUGUCCAGAAAGCCAGAGAUGUUGUACUUUAUCUUGCAAAUGUACCGGGAAGUAUUGGCCUCAUUGAUACGUUAUUAAGAAACCUUGAACCAAAGUCGAUGAUACCAACAACGAAAAGACAAAUUUCAGAACCUAUCAACAAAGAUAAUCGUUACUCAUUUAUUGCAAAUAUCUGGGACAGACUGUCGCACAAUACAAAGAAGGUUACAUUUUCUAAGGCACAAUUAACAAUAAUUUUUUUGGUCAAUUUAUCUACCGAUAUAAACGACUCACUAAAAUCAUCCUUACCAAUUCUGUUACACAUCUGUACCUGUCUCCUAGACCAUUAUGUACCACUAGUACAAGAAAGUGCGGCAAGAAUAAUGUGUAAUUUAAUAUUUGGAAUUGCACCUGAACACGAAAAGUCCGAGGAGACAGUAAAUCUUUUACGUAAUAGAACAUCACUGUGGUCAUACGAUAAUUUAGUCAAAGAUAAAAGAGGAGCUAGAUCACCGAAAGCCAUGGAUAUGCUAGUUAGAAAUAUCAUCGAAAUAUUUGGUGACGAUGUUAAUAACAUUCAAAAUGAUUGGCAAAGAACUUCUUUGAAAUGGGCUACUACCUGCCCAGUGAGACAUAUUGCAUGCCGUUCAUUCCAAGUAUUUAGAUCUCUACUUUCGUUUUUAGACCAGGAAAUGUUGAGAGAUAUGCUGCACAGACUUUCAAAUACAAUAGCCGAUGAUAAUCCUGACAUCCAAGGAUUUGCAAUGCAAAUUUUGAUGACUCUAAACGCAAUAAUGGCAGAGUUAGAUGCAACAGAUCUAAUUAGUUUCCCUCAAUUGUUUUGGUCGAUCAUUGCAUGUAUGAGCAGCAUCCAUGAACAAGAAUUUAUCGAAGCGUUAUCAUGUAUCUCCAAGUUCAUUUCAAAAAUUGACUUAGAUUCUCCAGAUACGGUCCAAUGUUUAGUUAGUACCUUCCCCUCAAAUUGGGAAGGCCGUUUUGAUGGCCUCCAGAAGAUUGCACUCAUUGGCCUCCGUUCGAGUAACUCUUUGGAUGUUACUUAUAAGUUUUUAGAUAAGAUAAAUUUACUGAACGAUAGCAAAAUCGUUGCUGACAAUGAAACCAGAUUAUUAUUUGGUUUAAUAUCAAAUUUACCAAGAUUUUUAGAUGCGAUGGACAAGAAAGACUAUUCAAAUGUUCAAACAGCAGCCGAUUCUUUAAUAUUCCUGUCGAACGAAAAAAACCAACCUUCGCUUUCCAGAUUAGUUGAUUCUCUAGCAAAGGAUAAAUUUAGAUCAAAGAAAGAUUUCAUGAGCCAAGUUGUUAGUUUUAUAUCGCGUAAUUAUUUUCCAAAAUAUGCUGCACAGACACUAGUUUUUCUACUAGGGUUACUUCUCAAUAAUGUCAGCUGGAUCAAAGUGCAAACGAUGGAGAUAUUAAAAUAUGUUUUUCCUUUGGUAGAUCUGACGAGUUCAGAGUUUAUUGGUGUCGGUGCCGACUUGAUUUCUCCCCUUUUGAGAUUACUUUUGACAGAUUACGAAAUCCAAGCGCUAAGCGUUUUGGACUGCGUUCCUAAUGUUUCUGGUAGCAAAAUGGAUAAAGACGUUUUAAGGAUAAGUAUGGGGAAUACAGAUAUAAAAAACAAUGAAAAUACAACAACUACAUUGUUCGGGUUACCGGAUGAAUCAGGAUGGUCUGUUCCAAUGCCAACCAUGACUGCAGCUAUGACAAGACAUAAUGUACAUACAGUUUUCACCUCAUGCGCUAAUAGCGCUGCAUUUGAACAAGAUCAGAAUAAUAUAGAUGAUGUAGUUGAGUUCCACGCAGAUGGCGACUAUCAACUAGGAAGAAUGGACACAAUAGAUUCCUUUUCAGUUCAAGAAGAAAAAGAUGCCACCUUAAGCCAUAUGUGGGCUGAACUAGACAAUCUGGAUAGUUUCUUUACAAAGGAUAUAACUAGUAGAAUAUCAAGUGCCCAAAAGGGGAACGACCUAGGAGUUGGACCUCAUGAAAGAUCGAUGUCAACCGACACAACAAACACAGACCAAACUUUUAACCUCGAAUCUGCACCACAAUUAUACGAUAAAAAGGUUUCUGUUCUUCUGAAUAGAAGUCUUUCGAGAGCACCAUCUAAUGUGUCAUUCAAAAAGUACUUAGCUGAUUCAUUUGCUACAAAUACAAGACGAAUUGAUAGUAGAAUUAAAUACGGUAAUGAAUGA